UGCUGGUGUUGCGGCCAGGUUGCGGCUAAGCGGAAUGUGAACAUCUCCUCACGUUUUUUCACUUUCUGAACCAAUUUCAACCUGUUUCAACCCUGCUAUGAACGACGGGAGCAACCCCACUUGCCCGCCGGGCACAGCCACUCUGCUGGAGGAAUUGGAUAAAAAGCUGAUGGUUUUGCUGCGAGACGGACGCACGCUAAUCGGCUACCUGCGUUCGGUGGACCAGUUCGCAAAUCUUGUGUUGCACAGAACGAUAGAGCGGAUACACGUUGGUAAAGAGUACGGUGACAUCGAGCGAGGUGUUUUUAUUGUGCGCGGCGAGAACGUCGUGCUUCUAGGCGAAAUUGACUCGGAGAAGGAGGCAAGUUUGCCCUUAAAGGAGAUUUCCGUGGACGAUAUUCUGGCCGCCCAGCGGCGAGAGCAGGAGGCAAAGAUUAUGAAGGAGAAAAUCGUGUCCACAGCUCUCAAGGACCGAGGCCUCAACAUGUCAUCUGAGCUAAUUACAGACGAAUUUUGAACAGACUUGAAAAUGAGAGUGAAUGUGUGGUGCGGAACGAAGUGUUUAAUUUGAAUUCUAUGGCUGGAGAGUUGGAUUGAAACUUAAAUUAAUUGACAUAAUAUACGAAAAA